GUGUUUAAAGCUAAUCCUGAGAAGACACUUGACCAAUAUUGGCGUGGUGGCCUUAGCACUGACCCGGGGACCUGAACUCCAGGAGACAGACAUGGACCUGAAGACAUUCCAGCGCUACACGGUUGAGGCUCCGGACCUCUUGGAGCAGAUAGCUCAGCUCCUCCAGGAAUGUCGGGAGAAGGAGCUCCUGCUUCCCAAGGGAAUCCGGAACCUGUGUGCCCUGUCCUGGGAGGAACUCUCAGACAUCCCUGUUGACGCCAAACCCUUUCACCAGACCAGGGUGUCCGGUAGACCCCCGCGGCCCUACCCCACCCAGGUCGCCUUACCCCCGGACACCCGGCACAGGAUGUCCAUUGUCACAAGUCAGAUCCUGCUGCCCACUGAGUCCUCCCUGUUUGUCCGCCAGCCAACCGCUCGCUUCAGCACCUUGAAGUUCAAGAAGAAGUUCCCUGUCGACCGGGACAACAACAGUGAGAAACAGAUAUCGACCUGUAUUCCUGUGACAUCCACUCUGAGGCUCUACCUGGAGGAGUGUCUGUCCCAUCUCUCCUUCUCUCUCAUGUACAAAGAGGUGAACAGUGUCCCCUGUACUCCGCGUCUUCACAGCAGGACUCUGGAGGUGUGUUACUGGGCUGUCAACAAGCUCAGACCCAUCCUAGAUCAGAUAAAAGAGGAGCAUGCCCGGCUGGAUUCGAGAGGCCACACACGCCCCAUGGUGGCUCAACACUACCAGGACUAUAAGGUCCUCCAGCUGCCACAGCCGGUCCCAGCCCAUGCAGAGGACUGCCUCUUUCCCUUCAUCCCCAACACCAAGUACUUGGGCUACAGCGUCUCCCCAAAACUGCACUAUGGCCUGCCUGAUGGAACCAGCUAUCUCUACUACCCGUCUGGUUCAGUAGCAGUGUGCCAGCUGCCCAGUGCCAUGCCCAGAGGGGGCGUUUACACAAACAUCUUCUCUGACAGUCCCUAUGACAUCCUGAUGGCCUCCUUCAAGCCCAGUGGCCAUGGUGUUGUGUACCACACAGGCAAGCACAGGUCCAGUUGGGUUGCCUUGUUGGUAGGAUCCUUGGGAGGUCAGCAGUACACAAGAGAGGGCUGUCUGACUAAGGAGUGGACCUUCAACCCCAGGUCUCAGAAUGAAGUUCUGCACAAAUACAAGGUGAACGAGAACAUAACACUGACCUUCAGUAACCACUUGAACAUGACCCUGAUAUUCAGCGUCCUGGCGGAGAAUGACAUCACCUUGAGUCUGAGGGAGGUGGAGCCGCCUGUGAGUAGUGGAAGGGAGGGGCCAGGGCAAGCAGGGGUGGAGUCAGUGGAGGUCGAGGCCUACAGGGCGGAGUUACAGGGGAUCAGGAAGAGAGUGAGAGAUACAGCGCUGCGCUGGCUCCAACUCUACCUGGUGGCCACAGGUCUCAGUGAUGAACCACUGCUCCCAGACUACAAAUCCAGACCACCUAAACGCAAAGAGGCUUGGACCGCAACUCCCACCGUUGAGGAGAUACCACCUACCUUUGUGCGUCCAGCCCGUCUGAGGAGGAAGGUCCCGAGGCCGGCCACCUGCAGCCUGCACAUGUCCACACCAGCCAACCUGUUCAGACCUGCCUUGCACAGGGCAAAGUCUGCAGGCCUGCCAUGCUUCUCCUCCCUCUCAGCCCUCUCCCCCAGUGAAACUCCUCCCUGCCCUGUGGUUCUCAGACUCCUCCUCCUCCACAGCUCUCAGACUCCUCCUACUCCACAGGGCUGCCACUGCUCAACCCGCCUUCCCCUCCUGUCUGACCUAGAGCUGGAGCUGUUUCUCCGGGCCCCCUGGGCCCCCCGGGGCCACAUCCUGGUGGUCUACGUCACUUCCUCCCUCUGCCCCCCGCCCAGGGGCCGCAACGUGGAGGUCAUCCUGCGGAGGGUCCACCACAGGCAGGUCCAUGCCUCCACCAACCCCUGUGCCAAGAGUUCUCAGGACCCGUUCAGGCUGGUCAAAUACGACACAGACACGGCCACUCGUCUGACCCAGUCAUCACUUCCUGUCCUGGUCCAGAGGCACGGCGUUGGACCCGGAACACUUUUGAUGUAUGCCGGGGGAAAGUUGAUUUUCGGAGGCAGUGCUCUGAACGGCUAUGGCUUCAGCAAGACCAACCUCCUGAAGCAGAUUGCCAAAACCCAGAGUGACUACGCCAAGGGAAACUUCCUGCCUCAUGACUACAAACUGGGAUCCCAAGGCUGGGAGGCCAAGUGUCCCCCUCAAACUGAGCCAGCAGGACCCAGUAAAGUGGACAGGCAAAUGAAAGACAGACCCCUCAGAUCCCAAUCCUCCUGCUCCCACUACAAGGAGAACCGGUUCCCUGAUAAGCUUCUAUCCAGGUCUCUAGGGGGCACGGCCCUGGACUUUGUGGUGUCCAGCAUGUCAGACAGGGUGUGCAUCCUGGCCAUGCAGAGCAAGAGGCGGAGCAUAGCCAGACCUGCCACCACAGCCUAAUGCAGUGCCACUGACACCAGAGGGAUGAUGCUUGUUACUCCUUCCUCCUUUGUCAUCUUCUCCUGACUCAGCAGUUAUGUUUAGUUUUCAUCAGGAUGGGGGGGUGUCUCAGUGACAAUGACAAUGGAAUUUAAGGGGGUUUAAGUUAUUUAUUUGAUUCUGAAGGUGUUAGGAAAAGAUGAGACAAGUUUAUUUUUGU